AUGGAAACCGAGAAGACUGCUGCCCAAAAGUUAGCAGAACGUAAGGAGCGUUUACGAAAUCUACACAAGCUACGUCAAGAAGCACGUACCCACAAUCAUCAAGAGGUGAUAGCAGAAGAUGCACGCAAGAAACUACCCAACAAUUGGGAGGCACGCAAAAGACAAGCCGAUUGGAUAUUGGCCGAUGAAAAGGCCCGCGAAGAAGCCAAAGCAAAAGGUCUCGAUUAUGAUCGUUUAAAGCUACUCGAAGUCUCAGCCAUUGAUGCUGAAAAAAUCGAAAAGAAGAAAAAGAAACAAAAUCCU